GGCCGGGGGCCGAGGAGGGAGCAGCGGUGGCGGCAUCUGGGUCUCCUUCCCCUGCCCCUCAGGGGGGUCACUGGGCUCUUCCCACCCUUGCUCCCCCAAGUCUGUUAAGUUAGCACCUUUGACCGCGCUUUCAUUUCAUCGCAAGCCUUCGGCUUUGCUUGACGUCCGCCGUCUUCUGACCCCGCCCCUCUAUGUGACGUCACCACUCCGCCCUCGUUCUUUCAGUUGUCACCGCCUCUUGUUGCCCAGCUAGAGGUUACCUUGACCACCACUCUCCCUUCCACUUACCUCCCUCUUUCCCUCCCUCCCCUUCUUUCCUACCCAACCUUCCCUCCCCCCUCCCCAUGACCUCUUCUCCUCCUUUCCUCCUCGAACUUCCAGUACGGCCGACCUCACCCCUCAGAAAAUGUCUUAACGACUCUCCCUUCCUCUUUUCUGGGUCGCCGCCGCCUUCCGGGAAAGGAUUCAGCCCCUUCCUCACCCUCGAGUUGCCCCUGGCGCCCAGGAAAGGUUACAGCGAACACCCUGCCCAAGCUCCCGAGCUUUCCCCAAACCCAGGCAAAAGGUGCAGUGACUCCCCUCACCCCUUGGGCUCUUCCCACUUUUCCAGGGACGCUUUCCCUGGCCUCGCCAGUCACCCUGGAGUUACCUUCGUAACCGGCCCACCCCCCUCUCCUCCCCGAACGAUUACCUCCCCGCCCCCACCUCCCGCCUCCCCACCGCUCCCCCUGCGCCCGGGGAGGUAUUCUUUUGAACCCUGCUCUCCCCGACUCCUCACUCGGCUCCACAGCCGCGGACCCAGCCAGUCGUGUUCGCCCCCUCCGAGCCCUAAUUUUGGCCGAUUCAGUCGUAUGGGGUCGCCCUCUUCCUGUCCGCGGAGCCCUUAUUGCAACGGGAUCAGGCUCCCGAGAUUGCCGCGUUCCUGUCCCCGAAGCCCUCACUUUGACCGGCACACUUACCUCUGUUACUGUAGUGAAUACUCUUCAGCCCCGGGAACCGGCGCGGAGACCUCCUCUACUCUCGCACAUCAGACCCCAGGAAUUGGCCCCUUGACCUCCCCUCCCCACACUCAUGUGCCCUUGGAAACUGGCCCCAUAAUUUCACCUUCUCUGGCUCAAAAGACCCAAGGAACUGGCUCCUUGAGCUCCCCUCCUUGCACUCAUGUCCCCUUGGAAACUGGCCCCAUGAUUUCACCUUCUCUGGCUCAAAAGACCCGAGGAACUGGCCCCUUGACCUCUCCUUCCUGUGCUCAUGUCCCAUUGGAAACUGGCCCCAUGAUUUCACCUUCUCUGGCUCAUCAGACCCAAGGAACUGGCCCCUUGACCUCUCCUCCCUGCAGUCAUGUGCCCUUGGAAACUGGCCCCAUGAUUUCUUUUCUGGCUCAUCAGACCCCAGGAACUGGCUCCUUGACUUCCUCUCCCUUCGCUCAUGAGCCCCUGGAAACUGACCCCAUGAUUUCACUUCCUGUCACUCAUAGUCCCCAGGAAACUGGCCCCAUGAUUUCACCUCUUCUCACUCAUGUACCCCCCAGAACUAGUCCCUUGAUUUCAUCUCCCCUGCCUCAUGGGCCCCAGGGAACUUGCCCCAUGAUUUCUCCUCCUCUUACUCAUAGACCCCUGGGAACUGGCCUUGUGAUUUCACCUCCUCUUACUCACUUGCCUGUGGAAACUAGACCUAUAGUCUCUCCAUCCCUUUCUCACAGGCUUUUGGAAACUGGGCCUACGAUCUCCCCUCUGCCCUCUCGCUGGCCCUCGGAGAGAAGUUAUAAUGACCCUCCUCUUUCCCCAGAAUCUCUCCCGCCCACCAGCAGCUUUCACCAUGGCUGCCUUAAGCCUCCAGACUCUUGUGAACCCAAACCACAUCUUGACCUGCCCCUUGGGGAAAAUUAUUGCGGUUCCUCACUUUCCUCUCAUGCAGGCAUCUCUGACUUUCCCAGCCCACCUCAGGAGGGCUCUUAUCACAAUGCCCCUCCUCCCCCAGAGGCCCACAUACCUGCCCCUGGGAACCCUUACUCCCUGCCCCCAGGGUGUACUUGUUCUCCCUGCCCACUCCAGUCCCAGAUCCCAAGGAAGCCUUGUUUUGGGUCCAUGCUCUCCUGGGAGACUGGUGGGAGCUCUUUCCUUUUCCUUACUCCAGGCACCAUGAUUUCUGGUCCCCCUUCCUCCCAAGAACCCCCUCCUUCCCUGUCCUCCCCCUGUUCUUAUUCUGCUCUCCCCUUCCCUUCACCCAUGAGCAACCAGUUCAUAUUUCCAUCCCAGUCACCCCCCUGCAGAGGCUAUAAUGAACUCCCUCUCCCCACCCUGGUUUCCCCCCAAAGGAAGACCCUCAAAUCUUCAGAGUUAAGACAGUCACGUACUUCCCACAGGUGUCGUUCCAAGGUUGCCCUCCCCCAGCCCUUUGCUCCUGGCCAGUAUGGGUCCCCAAAGGCCAGCACUUCUCCGCCACCCCCCUCCUGCCCCUCCAGCCUCUCCAUUCCUUGUAAGGAGCCAUCUGUUACAACUGCAUCAAAUUCCUGUCCCAAAGAACUUCCCCCAGGCACUGCCUUACCCACUGUAAUCCCUAGAAUCCUCAAAACUGCCCCACCCCCUUCCCUUCCCCUCUGUCUUCCUUGUGAUCCUGCCAUACCUCAGAGAAGCCCCCAUGGACUCCCCAUAGGAUCGCACUGCAGCACCCAUAUUUACUCUGUGGUUCCCUCCACCCCCCAUCCCGGCCUACUCUCUGAUUUUCUCAGUCACUCCACAGGCCACCCUCAGUGUCAUAACCAGCCAAUGGUACCCCCGUGUUGCACCCACAGCACUCCGAGGCCUCCCCCUCAACCCCAUCGCCAGCCCGUGUUGCCCCCUUGUUCUACCCACAUCUAUUCUUUCAUCCCUUUGAGAACACCCUUUGACCCCAAAAGCUUACCCAUUGCCCCCCGAGCCCAAGUCUGCCCUGAUAUUACCCCCUGUGGCUUCCAUGUCUACUCUGUGGCAUCGCAAGGCUCCUGUAAAGAGCCCCCCCAGAUUCCCUACUCUUGCCCUUUGCCUUCAUCCAAGAGUUCCAGCUGUACCACUAAUCCCAACUGUAGUUCGACAAUUAUUAGUGAAAGCCAGAGUAAUGACAGCCAGAGCAAGAGUAUCGUCCCAAGCGGAAGUGGGAGUCCUAUUUGCCAAAGCAGAAGUCAGAGUCCAAGCAGGAAUCCCAAUCAUACUAUAAGUCGGAGCCAGAGCGAGUCCCCACCAAAGCAUCAGUCGGGGCCAGAGCGAGAGUCUCUGCUUCAGCAGAAACCAGGGCCAGAGUGAAAGUCCCCAUGAUGGCAUAAAUUGGAGCCACGACA